AUGGUUCCCGCCACCUCUUCCUGGUCCAACCUCGUGUGCGUAGCGGUCACGCUCCACGGGCCUCGAGACCCUUCUGAGCACUCCGUCCGUUCCCUCUGCCCUGAAACCCUUUCUGCUCGCCUCAUUCAGCAAACUUCUACUCACACCUCAAAGCCCUGCCCGCUCAAGGCCAACAGAUACGCGUCUGUGGCGGAUGAGCUCUCCACGCAGGCUCGCGCUGCCCCGGGGGCCUCGUGGCUCUUCCUCGCGGAGCCCUGCCCUGGCCUCCGGUGCGACAUGGGGCAGCAGGGCCCCCCUGUGGGGCUGCUUCCAGGACUGAUGGAGGGAGCUGUCCCCGUCGGUCUCCUGGCCAACCGAUCGGUGGCCACAGGGGCGGCGCAGCUCAGGGCCGUGGCUGGGAAGCGGGCAGCCGCCGAGCGGGGGCAGGGGGACUGCGGGGCCCCGGACGCCAGCACGCGUCUGCAUCAUCAGAAGACAGGAGACGCUGGUUUUCUUCGCAAGGAUCCAUGUGCAGAAACGUCCCAGCUGCGGCCGCGGCGGCUCGGGAAAUUCUUGGCGCGUGAGGAAAGGGCUGGCGAGCGCCGGGCGGUGCGGCGGAGGGCACCCGGUGCCGCCGGGGAGGGAGCCGGGGACCUCUCCCUUCUGCCCUGCGGGCCCCUGAGCGGUGGCACAGGCCCAGCUGUGUUCCACGGUGGUCGCCACCCCAGCAAAGCCCACAGGAAAGGCAGGGGCUUGCCGGACUUCCUGGAAGAGCUCCCUGGCGAGGGUCGCGAGUGUGUCAACUGCGGGGCCCUGUCCACGCCGCUGUGGCGCCGUGACGGCACCGGCCACUACCUGUGCAACGCCUGCGGCCUCUACCACAAGAUGAACGGAGUCAACAGGCCGCUCGUGCGCCCACAGAAGCGCCUGGUGAGGCUCACCUCCCAGCAGAAAAUUCCUGACGUGGGGAGCCCUCCUGGCCCCUACAGCUCUGGGGGGUUGGGCCUGGACUGGCUCUUGCCCACUUUGCCGGGAGGAAGGCCCCAAGCCCAGGGCCAGCAGCUCACCAAGGGCUCUGACGACUCGGUGCCUCGGCCCCUGGCGAUGAAGAAGGAAAGCAUCCAGACGCGGAAACGCAAGCCCAAGAACGCUGCGAAGACCAAGGGCUCUUCAGGAUGCAGCACAGGGAACCCCACGGCCUCCCCGCCUGCUGUCCCGGACACUGAGAGCUCAGCAGUUACUUUGAAACCCAAAUCCAACCUGGCAUCCCCUUCGUGCCCUGGGUCCAGCGUCACCUCCCAGGCCUCUGGCCAGGUGAAUGACCCCCUGGCUCCCAGCCACUUGGAGUUCAAGUUCGAGCCCGAGGACUUUGCCUUCCCCUCUGCAGCCCUGGGCCCCCAGGCUGGCCUCGGCGGGACCCUGUGCCAGGAGGCCUGGUGUGCACUGGCCUUGGCCUAG